AUGUCUCCUACAAGCACAGAAAGUACGACCUUAGAAAGUCACGUCCCAAAGUACAGUAUUCUUCAAAAGAAUACUUUCAAGAACUCAAGUAAGGAAUAUAGUGGACCAUCACCAUACGCCGAAAAGACUAAAGAUGGUCCUUCGUAUCAACCAAAAACACUUUUUCUUGAACCAUCAGGGGACCUUGAUCGUGACUAUGAAUUUGAUGAGAUAACACCUCAGAUAGGUAGAGAAUAUCCUACAGCUAAAAUUAGUGACAUUCUAAAGGAUAAGAAGAAAUUACGGGAUCUUGCAAUUACUGUUUCUCGUCGUGGUGUUGUCUUUUUUAGAGAUCAGGAUAUUACUGUUGAAGAACAGAAGAUUCUCGCAGACGAGCUUGGAAAGUUAACACAUAAACCGGAAACUUCUGGACUUCAUAUUCAUCCAACAGCACCAGCAGGAGGAUUUUUGAAAAACGAUAGUUCUGAAGAGACUGAUCCCGAAGUAUCGAUAAUAUCUUCUAAGCUUAGCAAAGAAUUGUUUGUUAAGAAAUUUUCGCGUGGAAAGAGAAGUGGCGAAGGUUGGCAUAGUGAUAUAACCUUUGAGCCAGUUACGUCAGAUUAUGCGGUCCUUAAAAUUGUUGAAUCAACACCAACUGGAGGAGACACUCUUUGGGCAAGUGGUUAUGCACUCUAUGAAAAGUUAACGCCUACGUUUCGAAACUUUCUUGAAACGUUGACUGGGGUGUAUUCGCAACCGGGGUUCAAACAAGCCGCCGAAGGCAAGUUUGAAAUCUAUUCUGGAGUUAGAGGUGCGCCAGAAAAUGUAGGUGACGAAUUAACAGCAGUACAUCCUAUUGUGAGGACUAAUCCGGUGACUGGCUGGAAGUCUAUAUUCGGUAUUGGUCAUCAUUUUACGUCUAUAAAUGGUCUAUCUGAUUCGGAAAGUGCUCUCAUCAAAGACCACCUCAAUGAACUCUUAUAUGGGAGUCAUGAUAUUCAGGUAAGAUUUCGCUGGAAGAAAAACGACGUGGCAAUCUGGGAUAAUAGGUCUGUCUACCACACCGCUACAAAUGAUUACUUCAAUGAGACAUUCGAACGUACUGGUGUAAGAACUGUCGGUAUCGGUGAACGCCCAUAUUUAGAUGAAAAUAGUACAAGUCGAGACGAAGCCCUUAAUAGAUGA